CCCAGUUGCUCCGGCCGAGCUUCUACCGUAUCUGUGCCGCCUGUACACCGGCAGAAAUAUAUAGACACAGGACCCUUUGUUUGAAUUAUAGUAAGAAGGCGCUGCUACUAUCGCUCUACCCCGCUCGCGAUCUGGGUGAGCUUCUAUAUGAGCGUCUCUGAAAUUACACUGGACACCUGAAGCUCGAACAACAUGGCAAAAGCUCAGGUAUUGAAGGCUCACUGUUUGACGGACGGCUGGACAUUCAGGCAAUCGGACGAUACAGCAGAUGAUGCCUGGCUCUCAGUCAAGACAGUCCCCACAAACGUUCACCUGGAUCUUAUAGAGCAUGGAAAAAUUCCGGAUCCCUUUUUAGGCUUCAACGAAUUGAAGGCAGAAUGGGUUGCAGACAAGGCUUGGACCUAUAAGGUCACGCUACCCAAGGUCGAAGAAGCUAAACACAGCACUGUCCAUAUCCUGGCAUUUGACGGUCUCGACACAUUUGCUACUGCCAGGCUCAAUGGAAAGGUUAUCCUCGAAAGUGAUAACAUGUUCGUUCCCCAUCGUGUCGAUGUAACGAACGACUUGAAGCCGCAAGCGGAGAACACCCUCGAAAUCGACUUCAAAUCUGCGCGAUUGGAAGCGAUCAAGAUUCGCGAAGCACACCCGGAACACACAUGGGUGGGUUUCAAUGGCGAUAUGUCGAGACUUGCAGUCAGGAAAGCGCAGUACCACUGGGGAUGGGACUGGGGACCAAUCCUGAAUACCUGUGGCCCAUGGCGAGAGGUACGUCUUGAGACCUACCAGGCACGAGUCGAGGAUGUACGGGUCGAUUACAAGCUGGACGAUGGCUUGCAAUCAGUACAGGGCACAAUCUCUGCAGUUGUCGAAGGCUCUUCGGCGCAGAGCGUGAUCUUCAAAGUCCAAGAUGGCGACAAACAGGUAUUCAAAGAGACAGCAAAAGUCAGCGAUGGCGUCGCUAAAGUCGAGUUCCACGUGAAAAACCCGAGAUUGUGGUACCCACACGGCUACGGCGCGCAGCCUCUCUACGAAGUCACCGCCACAGUCUCGGCAGACGAAGUUGACUUGCACUCGACAACACGACGUACCGGUUUCCGCAAGGGUGAGCUUGUACAGCAGCCUGAUAAGAUUGGAAAGUCUUUCUUCUUUCGCAUCAACAACGUCGAUGUGUUCUGUGGAGGUUCAGACUGGAUCCCAGCGGACAACUUCACGCCGCGAAUCACAGAAGACAAGUACCGCAAGUGGCUAGAAAUGAUGAUAGACGGCUACCAGCUCAUGAUCAGAGUCUGGGGUGGAGGUAUAUGGGAAGAAGAUAUCUUCUACGAGCUCUGCGACGAGCUUGGUAUUCUAGUCUGGCAGGAUUUCAUGUUUGGCUGCGGCAACUAUCCUGCUUUCCCGGAGAUCUUGAAGUCGAUCAAGGGAGAAUGCAUCUCCAACGUAGCUAGAUUGAGGCACCACCCUUCGCUGGUCAUAUACGCUGGCAAUAACGAGGACUACCAAGUCCAAGAGUCGUUCGGGCUGACCUACAACUACGAGGACAAGGAUCCGGAGAACUGGCUCAAGACCGACUUUCCCGCGAGAUACAUCUACGAGAAGAUUCUUCCUGAGGCCGUUGCUGCCGAGAGCCCCCACAUACCAUACCACCCGGGGUCACCAUGGGGCGAUGGGCUGAAGACCUCGAACACUACAGUUGGAGACAUGCAUCAGUGGAACGUCUGGCACGGUACACAAGAGAAGUACCAGAUCUUCGACACGUUGGGCGGCAGGUUCAAUAGUGAGUUCGGCAUGGAGGCGUUCCCUCAUAUCGACACCAUCAGAUAUUUUUGCACGGACCCUACGCAGCUCUUCCCUCAGAGCCACAUGAUCGACUUCCACAACAAGGCAGAUGGCCAUGAGCGAAGGAUAGCAACAUACCUUGUAGAAAACUUCCGCACCAAGACAGAUCUCGAGGCAUUCAUCCAUCUGACUCAAUUGUCCCAGGCGGAAGCGCUGAUGUUCGGCUACCGAGGAUGGAGGCGACAGUGGGGCCAGGAGCGCUUCUGCGGAGGUGCUCUUGUGUGGCAACUGAACGACUGCUGGCCAGUCACCUCAUGGUCCAUUGUCGACUACUUCCAGCGCAAGAAGCCUGCGUACUAUGCAAUGCGCCGGGUCCUCGCCCCCAUCGCCGUGGCCGUGAAGCGUGCACACUUCGACUGGAGCGUUGUGCACGCCCGGGUGCCACCGAAGAGCGACUUCGAGCUAUGGGUGGCGUGCCAGUAUGAGAAGGACAUCAGGGCAACAGUUGAGCUGAGAUUUAUCAGUAUCAAAACCGGAAAGGAGAUUAAAGACAAGAUUGUGAAGAAGGAUAUCACCCUUGUUCAGAACGGCACGACGGAUAUUCUCUCCGGCACGAUUGACAACGUCGACGAGGAGCCGCACGUGCUUGCAGCGCGCAUAUGGGUGGACGGCGAAGUCGUAUCGAGGGAUGUCGAUUGGCCACAGCCGUUGAAGUACCUCGACUUUGAGGACAGAGGUCUCGAGAUUGUGCCUCAGGGUAGCACAAUCCUGGUGAAGGCAGACAAGCCCACUAAGGGUCUCGUGUUUGAAGAGAGAUCGGGUGUGCUUGUCAAUGAUAGCGCGAUCGAUGUUGUACCUGGCGAUGAACAAGUCAUCAAGGUCCGAGGACUGGGUAAACAAGACCAGGCUUUGAAGUGGAGAUAUCUUGGCCAGGACUGAGUUUAGGCUGUGCUCGAGCACACAACGUAAGACUGCUGCACGUAGAUUCGAAAGCAGCAAUAGCUAUGCAUACAGAGUUUGAGGGGGUCGCCCACAGCGUUACAUGCUCGCAUCUCAUUGAAGGAAAUGCUCAAUUAUCG